AUGAUACCAAAGAGCAACAUUUUCAAAACCCAGCAAAGAUUGAUCCAAGUAUCUGCAGUACAAACAGUAACAAAGCCCAUUGUUGGAUACUGGCUCUAUUUUAAUGCCGGUCUUAUCUUUGCAAUUGUCGUCGUCGGUGGAUUGACACGAUUGACCGAAAGUGGAUUGUCCAUCACGGAAUGGAACGUUAUUUCAGGUAUGAAACCCCCUCGAUCGGAACAGGAAUGGGUAGAAGAAUUUGAAAAGUACAAGCAGUUUCCAGAGUAUAAACUUCUUAAUCGCCACAUGACAUUGGACGAAUUCAAAAACAUUUUUUAUUGGGAAUGGUCUCAUCGUAUGAUCGGCAGAUUCAUCGGCAUGUCCUUUAUUGUGCCUGGUUUAUAUUUUGCUUCAAAAGGGUACAUGACAAAACGAGUCAUGAAGCAGACAUUUGGUAUUUCAUGCUUACUAGGUUUCCAGGGCUUCAUGGGUUGGUACAUGGUCAAAUCGGGACUGUCGGAAGCACUCAUGAAGGAACCCGGAGCCGUACCUCGUGUGAGUCAAUACCGAUUGACGGCUCACUUGGCAACAGCGGUUGCUAUCUACGGUAGCACCAUCUUUGUUGCUGCAGAUAUUCUCCGUCAACACAAGAUUGCCACGGGUCAGUACCCAUCCUCAACCGCGUCCAUGCUGAACAACCCUGUAUUGAAGCGAUUCCGUAUCGCCUCUCACAGUUUGGGCGCUCUCAUCCUGUUGACCUUGCUCUCCGGUGGUUUAGUAGCCGGUCUGGAUGCAGGACUGAUUUAUAACGAAUUCCCUUUUAUGGGUGAAGGUCUUGUUCCCCCUAAAUCGGAACUCUGGUCAGACUUUUACGUCAAACCCAACGAUAAGGGCAAAUGGCGCAAUUUCCUCGAAAACCCUACGACUGUCCAAUUCGAUCACCGAACCUUGGCCGAGACUACAGCCACCCUCACGGCUGCUCUCUGGGCUUACUCUCGAAGACUGCCAUUACCCAAGAACGCUCGAUUGGCUGUGAAUACGAUGAUGGGUGCUGUUGUGGUUCAGGUCACCCUUGGUAUUUCUACCUUGAUCUACAUGGUUCCUAUCGAAUUGGCCGCUGCUCAUCAAGCUGGUGCUCUUGCCCUAGUUACUUCUAACUUUUGGUUAAUACAUGCUUUACGCCGUGUUCCUUUAUAA